AUGUCUCCUAAACGAAAUUCGAGCGAGUCUUGUUUGCCGGAACAAGUUAUGGUGGAGAUCCUCUCAAGACUCCCCGUCAAAUCCCUUCUCCGAUUCAGGUGCGUAUGUACCCACUGGCGCGCCUUAAUCUCAUCCCCUUUCUUCGUCUCUUCGAACCUCAACUGCGCCAUUUCCAACCUUGCAAGGCACUCCAUUCUUGUUCACGACACAUGCGAAUACCCACCCUUGUCCUUCGUCCCUGUCACAUUCUCCCCUAUCCAAAACCUCGAUUCUGUGCUGUAUAAGGCCUAUUGUUUCGACCAGGAACUGAUGUAUGCGGGCUCAAUCAAUGGAUUGCUCUGUUUAAUCGGGUGUACGCCUGAUAUCAUCUCAAUAUGGAACCCUUCCACCAGACUGUUCAAGGUACUCCCUCCUGGUAAGUAUAGAGGUCCAAGUAAUGUUUCAUGCGGGUUUGGUUGGGAUCCGGUUGCGAAUGAUUACAAGGUAGUAAGGAUUGGUUCUAAAUGCGAGGACGGGAAAUCGUGGGCAGAGGUGUGGUCGGCCAAUUUAGAAUCUUGGAGGGAGAUUAACGUUGAUGGCAGUUUUAUCCCUCUCCGCCGUGUUUGUGAUGUGACACUGAAGGGUUUUGCUCAUUGGAUUGUCAAGGAUGGGAAUAACAGUGACAUGAAGCCUCUAGUAGCUUCAUUUGAUAUGAGUACUGAGGUGCUGCAGCUGGUUCCUCUGCCUGAACUUUUACUACAUUUGGUUCCGAACACGGCAAUAUUAGUCGGGGAGCGGGGUGCUUUUUGUAUGAAUUGGAAGGAAACUUUUGCUUUGGCGGGACUUGUUUUGACACAGCCAAGGAAAAUAUAUCAACGUAAAUGGAAAAUUUGUACUCGUGAGGAGAGGAGAAGUGAUCUUAUAUGA